AUACAUGAAGGCUGCACGCCGCCCAGCGAACGCACAAAAAUAUCAAGAAACAAGACAACGCAAACAAAGACAACCACGAUCGAGCAAAUAGAACCGUCUUCCAGUCGAGAUCGCCCCAUCAGACGAAUACACCCAACCUUAUAAACCAAAACGCGAUCGAUUAAGAGUCUCCGGUCCUCAAUCAGAGAGCUGUAAUCCGGUCAGGAGAGCGAAGCGACACGAGCGCUGCGUCUCCUGCAGCGGCCUCCAUUUUGUCUUCUCAGCCAGGCUGUACCUCACGUGUCCCGGACUUGUCUCUCUCACAUGACCCGCGUGUUUGUCCCCGUGAUCAGCGCCGCCGUCUCCGCGUUUCAAGUGUCGUCCAAUAUCGCGUUUAAAAAAAAGGAAUCGCUCACCUUCAUGGAUAUGCUCGAACAGAGCCUGGACGCUGCGAGCAGUCACGAGAAACAGGACACUGAAGAGGUUGUUCAGUUGCAGGGAGGAGAGGGAGUGGAGUCAGCCGCGGUCACCAUAGCAAGCGCCCAGCAAGCCGCAGUAUUUGCUGACCCCAAUGUCCAGUACCAGUUCCGCACAGAAAACAGCAGUGGGCAGGUGACGUAUCGUGUCGUCCAGCUAACAGAGGACCAAUUGGAGGCAGCUGGUGAUGGAGGUGCUGCAGUCAGCGUCGUGUCCACAGCCGCUUUUGCUGGAGCCCAGCAAGCAGUUGCACAGGCUGUUAUCCAGAACCCAUUCAGUAAUGGAGGCAGUCCGGCCGGUGAGACAGUGGGUGGUGAGACGCGCUUUGCUUACUUCCCAGCUGCUACAGUCACAGGCGAUGGUACAGCCACUGCAGUGUCAAUGCAGGCAGCCGCCGACUCCACACUCGCACCAGCUACAGGUCAGUUUUACGUCAUGAUGAGUCCUCCAGAUGUGUUACAAACAGGCACACAGAGAACUAUUGCCCCUCGUACACACACUUACACCACAAAAAUGGAUGGCCCAAGAGUGCCACGUGAUGAGAGGAGGAGAGCACAACACAAUGAAGUGGAAAGGAGAAGACGAGACAAAAUUAACAACUGGAUAGUUACACUAUCCAAAAUCAUCCCAGACUGCAACAUGGACAGCACCAAAACUGGAGCAAGUAAAGGUGGAAUCCUGUCUAAAGCAUGCGACUACAUUAGAGAACUCAGACAGAGCAACCAGAGACUGCAGGAGAGUUUCAAAGAGGUGGAGAGAAUACAGGUGGAUAAUGAGCUCCUCAGACAACAGAUCGAAGAGCUGAAGAACGACAACGCACUGCUCAGAGCCCAACUCCAACAGCACGGCCUUGAACUCAGCAGCGACGCCAUCUCACAGUGACAUUCAUGCACACCUCAACCAUACCCUACCACAGACUCGAGAUGUUUGAUCGUCCUGUAGAGUAACAAUACCUUUCUGAUAUUAACACACUAUCAGGAAAGAAACAAAACUAUCGGACCAGGAUCAAACAAGCACACCCUUUUUUUUCUUCUCGUCUGUUCCACCUCUGAGAACUCUGAUGUAUCGGAACUUGGCAACAAACAGAAAGACAUCCCACUAUGUGACGUAAACGUGCUUGCAUCGGACUAACUUGAAUUCUGCUUCAUUUCAUCGCUUAAUGUUGCCUCGAUCAUCUUUUUGUUUUAAAGCUGUUUGGUUUAGCUUAUUUUCCCCGUCUCCUAAUGCCAUUUCCUUGUAAAUGUUACUACUGUCUCGGGAAUGAGAGACUUUUGUCUACAUUAUUUAUUAGAUCACAGAGAAGUACCUGUCGGUUGGUGAAAAAAAAAAAGUUUGUAAAGAGUGAAUGCUGUGAUCUCAAUUGAUUUUCAUCUUCAAAAUGCUUCGUCAUUCUUCUGUUGCUGCAGCCAUUUCUGAACUACUUUCACUGAUUCUGAGCUCAUCCGAUGGAUCAUCAGGGUUUGAGCGACCGAGAUGAAGUGCUCCUGCGGUUGCGAUACAAUUGAACCGACUGAUAUGUAGCGUCUGCCGGAUGUAGCUGGCCAAAGCAUUACCCACAUCUGCUUAAAAUGCAUAAAUAGCUCAGGGUUGAGAGUGAUGAAAGUGCUUUGUGAUCUGGAGAUGUCAGAUCCACAUGACCUUCCAUCCGGGCUCCUUCUUCAAGCGUCUACGUUCCACCAGAAUAAUAAAGGACAGUGGGAGCGAAAUGACCA